GAAGAAGUUAUUAUUAACACACUCCAAUAGUCUCUCUCUCAUUCUGUGUCAAAUCCAAAACCCUAAACGAGCUCUGCUCCUCACCAUCGAACUAAACUAUUCUCAAUCAAAGAUCGCAACUUCGAGUUAUUUGUGAAAUAUAUAGAGUUGGGUUUGGUCGGAAUGAAAGAAGGGAAAUCAGUGAAAUUCAAUCUUCAACAGCAAAAUCACCAGAACGGUCACUUGUCUCCGUUCAAACUCGCCAAGUUGUUGGAUCCAGAUGCCUCUUGGGACAAGGAUCAAUUGGGAGAUGUGUUGCAUUGGAUUCGACAAGCAGUGGCCCUUGUAUGUGGCUUACUAUGGGGUGCCAUACCUGUGGUUGGGGGCGUAUGGUUUAUUGCAUUCCUUUUGAUAUCUACUGGGAUCAUAUAUGGUUAUUAUGCAAUGAUACUAAAGGUUGAUGAAGAAGAUUUUGGUGGUCAUGGAGCCCUCCUUCAGGAGGGGCUUUUUGCUUCCAUAAGUCUCUUUCUGCUGUCGUGGAUUCUUGUAUACAGCUUGGGACACUUCUGAUUGACUAGGUGCCAACGAUUCAGCUACCAUCUUCUUUGUCAUUAGUGAUGUAUGAACAGUGUUGGUUACAUUACACACCAUGGCUUGUGCCCUGAGAACAAUGAGAAAAUUUCUGACUCUCAUUUACCUUUAUUUUUUUUUUUGUUUAAUGUCAAUUGCAAGAUUUUAGUUUUGCUUCAUAGAAACUAGAUGCUUGAAUCAAGGUUCGUUACUUAAAUAUCCCAUUCAGUGUAGCAAAUUGUGGGUCACACUCCUGAUGAUUAUCAGUCAUAAAUAAAAUUACUCUAGCAAAGUUCUGGUGGUUAAA